AUGGCAAAACUUGCCUUAUAUGGAACACCCCUAGUCGCCGAGGCAUUAUCCACUCUAGUUGGAGGAUCGACAUCAAACUCAGAGAUGAGGAUGCGGCUGUGGAGCCUGCAGACGACGCGAUGUUUGCACUAUAACAAAUUUGUCGUGUUCCGGGUUUCGAAGAUGUACUUAACGCAUAAAACCGAACGGAAUGUUACUAUCCGCGUAAAGCUUGAUAUCAAGAUGACAAUAACAGGACCACAGAUCACUGUUAUUCCGAUGCGGGGAAUAGUGUCUGGGUUGACUGACGGCGGAUAUGUGGAUAGGAUCAAGUGGGCGGAGAGCAACAGGACUAAGGCGUUGGCCGAAGGGGUGGAGUAUACGGCGCCAGAUGGGAGUGUCAAGACUCUAUAUGCUAAUGAGGAGAUCAUUUUUUCGGCUGGAUCUGUUCGGUCCUCGGCUAUCCUGGAGCUCUCUGGGGUUGGGAAUCCAGAGAUACUUGAGGAUUUUAAAAUCCCCGUUAAAAUCUUCCUGCCCUCUGUUGGCGAAAACGUUAUCGAUCAACCGAACACCUUCAUAGCCUACGCUAGCAACUCCACCUUCUCUGGAAUGGCCCCUUACGUGACCUAUAUGACAGCCUCAGACAUCCUGCGUACUGAAGCAGGGACUGUCGCGGCCGAAAUCGCUGCACAGCUCAAAACUUGGGCUGAUCAAGUUGCAGAGGCAAGCGACAACGCGCUCUCCACCUCCGCACUUGAACACCUCUCGAAUCCAGCACGAUCUUAUCUUUGCCCAAGACGUGCCCUGCGUCGAGAUCUUAACUACAGCGCUAGGAACAAACCUAUCAACCCAAAUUAUUUAAUGGCACAGUGGGACCUUAUUCUACAGCGGAAGAUUGCGCAGACCGUUGCCAGAUUCUGGAAGACUGCUCCUGUGAGCUCGGUUGCUGGGGAGAGUGUACAGCCGCCUGGCACUGACUUACCCAUCGACACUACGGAAGAUGAGUGGGAUGCGUGGAUUUCAAGGUCGUCGCAAACCACCACUUUCUCGGUACGGCGGCAAUGCUCCCUGAGGGAGCUGGGUGGCGUAGUCGAUAACAACCUUAUCGUCUACGGGACGGAGAAUGUCAGGGGUCAUCUGGCAAGCACUCUGUGUGCUAUUGCAGAGCGGGCGGCGGGUAUUAUCAAGAACAAGCUAGGUAAACAGUAA